CAUCUCUAGGAAGUGUGGUUAAAAAAAAGAAGGGGGGAAAAGGCGACAAAAAAACUACCAUCGAAGUGUUCCGUGAACGCCACGGGUCGCGCGUAAUCGGCAAGACAGUGGAAAACAGAAAGAAGGGUCGACAGGCAAAAAAAAAAAAAAAAACGUCUUAAAGUGAGUCAACCUGCGUGGAUCUUAACUUUUAAGUUCAAGUUCGUGCACCUUGCACCUCUUGAAUAACAAACGGACAACCGACUCCAUUACUUGACGUCGCUGUGAUGUUCUAGGUGACUCCAAAGCAACGGCUGCACCUUUAAUCAACUCUUUUUUUUUUUUUUUUUGGAAAAGUAACUCGCAGUCGAAUUGGAGGAUUCGUGUUGUUUUCUUUUUAACCACCCUGCUGGUGCCUUUGAUACGAGCGAGGAUUUGCUACCUUAAACUGCGCACCGAACAAGUCUCGUGAUACCUUCUUUUUUUUCCUGGAUCAUGUACCAGGACUACUCCGGGAAUUACGACACCUCGUCCCGCGGCAGCAGCACUUCUCCGGCCCAGCCCGAGUCUUUCGCGAGCGGCAGCAGCACCAUCGGAAGCCCCAUCUCUACCUCAACCUACCAGAAAUACAGUAUUGACAUGCCCGGCUCCAACAGUGCCUUCAUCCCCACCAUUAAUGCAAUCACAACAAGCCAAGACCUUCAGUGGAUGGUGCAGCCCACAGUCAUCACCUCCAUGUCCAACCCGUACUCCCGCUCCCACCCGUACAGCCAUCACCUGAGCAACGGGCAAAGUUUGCUGGGCCACAACCCACUGGCCCGUCCAGGGGUCAUCCGCUCCAUCGGGGACGCCAGAGGCCGACGCAAAAGGGAAGAGCAGCUCACCCCAGAAGAAGAAGAGAAGAGGAGGGUGCGGCGCGAGAGGAACAAGUUGGCCGCCGCCAAAUGCCGCAACCGCAGACGCGAGUUGACUGAGAUGCUGCAAGGGGAGACUGAGAAACUAGAGGAGGAGAAAGCCGACCUGCAGAAAGAGAUCGAAAGCCUAAAGAAGGAGAAGGACAAGCUGGAGUUCAUGCUGGUGGCCCACAAUCCCGUGUGCAAGCUGCCCAACGAGGAUCGCCACGCGACCCCGGCGCACCAUCAGCACCAUCAACACCAGCAGUGCGCUCCCCUGUCCUUGACCAUGCGCCCCAACAUGGCGGCCCGGGCCCACGUGAACCACGUGGUGGUGAAGCAAGAGCCGGACGACGCGGAGGAAGUGGCGGGCAAACCCCAGCAUUCCGUCAUCAAGCCCAUCUGCCUUGGCGGGAUGUACUGUACAGAUGGCGACAGCCUCAACACGCCGGUGGUGGCGGCAUCCACCCCAGCCGCCGCACUCAACGCCCCCAACCUCAUCUUCACUUACCCGAGCAUGCUGGAGCCCGACAGCCCCUCGCCCUCCUCCGAGUCGUGCUCCAAGGCCCACCGCCGCAGCAGCAGCAGCGGCGAUCAGUCGUCGGACUCCCUCAACUCACCCACCCUAUUGGCCCUGUGAGAAGGUCCGCAAACCAAAACACUGUGGCGGACGGUGAGCGCCGGGAUCAAAAGACCCCAAGGCGCAUUUGGACGGUCCAGGCCAAGCUGAUCAUGUGAACCGUGCCCCCACUUUUUGGCAGGGAGACCCCCACAAGGGCUACGCUGCGUGUUUCUUCUCGUCCUGCUUCGAUCUGCUCGGUCAUACUUGUACAACAUGUGUGCGGCAAUCCUUGACGCGUUAAACACUUUGCCAUUUCAACUUUUACAGUGUCAACUUGUUUACUCAAGACUCUUUCCUCCCUUCAAAUCUGGCCUUUGGGAGUUCAGAUGAUAUACAAUAGGAGUUCCUAAUAUAUACACAUAUACAUAUCGAUAUAAAUAUAUUUUUGAGAAAAAAAAAGAAUUAAAAGCCAUGACCAGUUGCACUCUGCCAAGACGAAUCAACAGAUCACGGAAAGAGGUCACAUCACGAGAGACAAUGAGCAAAUAGUUGUCUUUUAUUUUCAUUUGUGUCCUGUUCGAACCCCAAGGACCUCGAUUCAUCUCUUUAACUGUAUUUAAUGUGCUGAUAAAAA